GGACGGGGUGAAAUGGCAGCCUCUUCCUCAUCCUCCUCAGCUGGCGGAGUCAGCGGCAGCUCUGUAACAGGAUCAGGGUUCAGUGUUUCAGACCUGGCACCGCCCCGAAAAGCCCUCUUCACUUACCCCAAAGGAGCCGGAGAGAUGCUGGAAGAUGGCUCUGAAAGAUUCCUCUGUGAAUCUGUCUUCAGCUAUCAGGUUGCAUCUACAUUAAAGCAAGUGAAACACGAUCAACAAGUCGCACGGAUGGAAAAACUAGCCGGUUUGGUGGAGGAGCUGGAGGCAGAUGAGUGGAGGGACCAACCCAUAGGAAGAGAGUGGAGAAAAAAGCCAAUAGAGCAGCUCCUGGGAUUCACUCCCUCCUCGGGCUGA